CUUCAUUCAUUUGUAGUAGUUGUGUUUGAGAGGGAGGGUGAGGGAGCUCUAUCCUAAGCAAAUGGGGAAGUUUGUUGUGGUACAUGUCCUGCUUCUAAUGGUGUAUUUAGGGUUAUUUCUUCCUUCUCUUGCAUGUCCUUAUUGCCGUUACCCAACCCAUCCUACUAAACCACCUAAGGUGCAACCCAAGUUCCCCCCCAAGCACCCACCAAAGGUUACGCCAUUGCCACCACCCCCAGUUGUGGUCAAGCCACCCUACGUUUGGCCGCCCAGCCCGCCGAAGGUGAGCCCCAAACCACCACCCUAUGUCAAGCCACCCUAUGUUAAACCACCCUACGUAAAGCCCCCUCCAGUUGAGAAGGCAUGCCCGCCUCCCCCUCAGGGAGUACUGCCUAAGCCUCCAAGCCCAUCGCCGGUGGUUCCCAUGCCGCCCUCACCUCCGAAAGUAGUCCCCAUGCCACCAUCGCCUCCAAUAGUAGUCCCCACACCACCAUCACCUCCGAAAGUACUCCCGCCAUCGCCUCCGAAAGUAGUCCCCACACCACCGUCCCCUCCGAAGGUUGUCCCACCACCGCCGCCGCCGCCGCCGCCGCCAGCGCAGCAAACAUGCCCCAUUGACACACUCAAGCUAGGUGCAUGUGUGGCCAUCUUGGGUAGUCCGAUCCGCAUUGGCAUAGGCAGUGAGGCCAAAGAUGCAUGUUGCCCAGUGCUAAAAGGGCUGGCAGACUUGGAUGCAGCUCUUUGCCUUUGCACCACCAUCAAGGCCACUUUCGUAAACACCAAGAUCAUCCUACCCUUUGCUUUUAUGGUCUUGCGUGACUGUGGGAAGACCCUUCCACCUGGUUACCAGUGUCCAGCGUAAGGUACACUGCCAAGUGGCAUUUUAGUAAUUUUUCAUGUUUGUACUAAGGGUUCAAAAGGCGUGGAUAGACAAUCAAAGACUAACCCAUGGAUCAGCUCGGAGUGUAGGAGAUGGAGUUUUUGUUUUGGAAUAUAUGUGAGUUUCUCAAGACGGGGGAAAUUUGGAAAGAAUAAUGCAAUGCCUAGACUAAUCCAUGGAUGAGGGGUUGUUUUGAUGCAGCUGGGAGUGUAAGAAAUGGAGUUUGUUUUGUUAUGUAUGUGAGUUUCCCAAGCCAUGUGGGAGACUUGGACAGAAUAAUCAAUGCCUAGAGACUUAAAAAGCCUAGGUUUCUCUUUUUUA